AUGAAUGACCUGGUCCGAGACCUACCUCGCAAACCGCUAUCGCUGAGCCUCGUGUUCGCCUAUGAGGGCCUGUUGCGCACAACCCUACCACCGGCGGCGUCAAGUCAGAUUGCAGAAUUCAGACAAAUGCCGUCGACAAUGCGAGUAAAGAUCAUCCAUGGCCUGCUAAACCCUAGCCAGCCGCGUUCGAGAUCAGUAUCCGUCGUAACGAAAUGCGCAGGCCCAGCAGGGUUGGCGGAGGGUUUUCCCUAUUGCCCUCGUCCUGAUUGGACUCUGGCCCCAACCAAGGGUUGCUGCAGCGGAUCAGGGCGGGGGGCCGGGGGUGGUCGUUUCCGUACAGGAACCCCUCAUCGAAUCAUCGAAACCCCUCAACUCUUUUGCGUCUUGACGUCCCACGAACGGCUAUCUCCGCCUUGUUUCCCACCCCUCUUUCUCUCCUUAAACAGGCCUCAGGAGGUCAACGGCCCACCGAAUUCCUGGCUCGUCUUUUCUGCUCGUCUGCCGGGUGCAUGCCUGUCCCGUCUCUGCCUCCGCACCGAGUACCCCCAGUGCCCCCUAGAAAACGAUUGGCAGGCCCCUGUUGACGUCGCUACAAUAUCGCAGUACAGAAUUAGGUACGAACAGCAACCCAUGGUAUUGAUGCCGACUUACACUGUAAUCUGA